AUGUGCGGAAUCUUUGCCUACAUGAACUACAGAGUGCCCCGCACCCGGAAGGAGAUUUUUGAAACCCUCGUCAGGGGCCUGCAGCGGCUGGAGUACAGAGGCUACGACUCGGCAGGCGUGGCGAUCGAUGGGAACAAUGAUGAAGACAAAGAAAGGCACAUCCGGCUGGUCAAGAAACGGGGGAAAGUCCAGGCUCUGGACCAGGAACUUUACAACCAAGACAGCAUGGACUUAGAGGUGGAGUUCGAAACCCACUUCGGCAUCGCACACACCCGCUGGGCCACCCACGGGGCCCCGAGCGCUGUCAACAGCCACCCGCAGCGAUCGGACAAAGACAACGAAUUCGUUGUCAUCCACAACGGGAUCAUCACAAAUUACAAAGACCUGAAGAAAUUUCUGGAAAGCAAAGGCUAUGAGUUUGAGUCAGAGACGGACACGGAGACUAUCGCCAAGCUGAUCAAAUACGUGUUCGACAACCGAGAGGUCGAGGACAUCUCAUUUUCAACGCUAGUGGAGAGAGUCAUUCAGCAGUUGGAAGGAGCAUUCGCGUUGGUUUUCAAGAGCAUCCACUACCCGGGAGAGGCCGUUGCCACAAGGAGAGGCAGCCCCCUGCUCAUCGGCGUGCGGAGCGAGCACAAGCUCUCCACCGAACAGGUCCCCGUCCUGUACACGACACGCAACAUCGAGAACGUGAAUAACAUACGCAAACCGAGGGUGCAGAGGCUGGACAGCUCCACCUGCCUGCACGCCGUGGGCAACAAGGCCGUGGAGUUCUUCUUCGCCUCCGACGCCAGCGCCAUCAUAGAGCACACCAACCGCGUCAUCUUCCUGGAGGACGAUGACAUCGCCGCCGCCGCCGACGGGAAGCUCUCCAUUCACCGGGUCAAGCGCGCGGCCAGUGACGGCCCGUCGCGAGCCAUCCAGACGCUGCAGAUGGAGCUGCAGCAGAUCAUGAAAGGUAACUUCAGUGCGUUCAUGCAGAAGGAGAUCUUCGAACAGCCGGAGUCCGUUUUCAACACUAUGAGGGGGCGCGUGAACUUUGAGACCAGCACAGUGCUCCUGGGCGGCCUGAAGGCCCACUUGAAGGAGAUCCGACGGUGCCGACGACUCAUCGUGAUUGGCUGUGGAACCAGCUACCACGCCGCUGUGGCUACUCGGCAAGUUUUGGAGGAACUUACCGAACUCCCCGUGAUGGUUGAACUUGCUAGCGACUUUCUGGACAGGAACACGCCCGUGUUCAGGGAUGAUGUUUGCUUCUUCAUAAGCCAGUCAGGCGAGACGGCGGACACCCUCCUGGCACUGCGUUACUGCAAGGACCGCGGGGCCCUGACCGUGGGCAUCACCAACACCGUGGGCAGCUCCAUCUCUCGAGAGACCGACUGCGGUGUGCACAUCAACGCGGGCCCGGAGGUCGGCGUGGCCAGCACCAAGGCUUACACCAGCCAGUUCAUCUCCCUGGUGAUGUUUGGCCUGAUGAUGUCGGAAGACCGCAUUUCACUGCAAGAUCGCCGGCGCGAGAUCAUCCGUGGCCUGCAGUCGCUGCCUGAGCUGAUCAAGGAAGUGUUGUCGCUGGACCAGAAGAUCCACGACCUGGCCCUGGAGCUCUACACGCAGAGGUCGCUCCUGGUCAUGGGGCGGGGCUACAACUACGCCACGUGCCUGGAAGGAGCCCUGAAAAUCAAAGAGAUAACCUACAUGCACUCAGAAGGCAUCCUGGCCGGGGAGCUGAAGCACGGGCCCCUGGCUCUGAUCGACAAGCAGAUGCCCAUCAUCAUGGUCAUCAUGAAGGACCCUUGUUUUGCCAAAUGCCAGAACGCCCUGCAGCAGAUCACGGCCCGCCAGGGUCGCCCGAUUAUCCUGUGCUCCAAGGAUGACACCGAGAGUUCCAAGUUUGCGUAUAAGAUGAUCGAGCUGCCCCCCACAGUGGACUGCCUGCAGGGCAUCCUCAGCGUGAUCCCCCUGCAGCUCCUGUCCUUCCACCUGGCCGUUCUCCGAGGAUAUGACGUUGACUUCCCUAGAAAUCUGGCCAAGUCUGUAACUGUGGAGUGA